AUGUCUUCUAUCUCCCAGAAAAACAUUGCCAUCGUUGGCGUAGGCGGUAUCGGAACAUACAUUCUACGUGCCCUCGUAAAUACUAAUCAAGCCAAUGUCAUUGCCCUCACUCGCAGCACCCUAACUCUUCCCCCCGAUCUGUCCUCAGUACCUUUGAUCGAAGCUGAUUACACCAGUGUACCAGCUCUGACCGCGAUCUUCAAAAAGCACAACACUGAAAUUGUGAUCAGCACUGUCCCUACGACAGGCUUACAUGCACAGUAUACUUUGGCAGACGCAGCUAAAGCGAGUGGGACAGUUCAGCUAUUUGUGCCCUCAGAAUGGGGUCUUCCAACUGCAGGGGCAAAUCAUCGCGGGGAGGACAAUCACUUUGGAACCAAGGACGCAUUUGUUGCUCACCUGAGGACGCUUGGACUUCCAUAUACUCGAUUUUUCACGGGAUUUUUUUUUGAAUAUCUUCCAUGGCUUGUGGGAAUUGAUACCAAUCAUACCGUGAAUGCCAUAGGCAAAGGAGAAACACCGUUCAGCGUUACGAGCGAAGAGGAUAUAGGUGGAUUUGUUGCACAUGUUCUCACAACUCUACCGUCCUCCUCUCCUCAUCUGAAGAAUCGAUGUCUUCGGUUGCAAGGGGACCGUAUAACUAUGCGUGAUCUGGCCCGCAUCUACCACAAACCAUUCGAACUUGUUCCUGAAGGCGACGAAGUCCCAGCGAAGACCCCAGAAGAAGCAGCGGUCAAAACAUUUAUGCAGAUCGAGGCCGAUGCCGGGAUGGCUAGUACGGGAUGGGACCGCUUAAACGAGAAAGAACGGGGAGACGCAGGCAGUGCAAAUCAGUUAUGGGAAGGACAUGUCUGGAAAAGAGUAGAAGACAGUCUGUGA